GGGGAAACAUCUUUCACAUUUUCCCGAGUCGUCUCGGAUGCUUCAUGCAACAUGAAUGAAACUGACUGACUUCGUAUUCACAACCCACACCCGCCAGUAAGCCAGCCAGAAGAGGAUGAGCUCCACCUGUUCAGUCUGGUUCCUUCCAAGCGCUCCUUGGCACUUCAGUCACCAACACUUUCUCAAGCAAACAUGUCCAAAUUGGAGCAGAUCCUCAUUCUUGAUCCACCAAGCGACCUCAAAUUUAAAGGCCCAUUCACAGACGUCGUCACCACAAACCUGAAGCUGACCAACCCCUCGGAAAGACCGGUAUGUUUCAAAGUGAAGACAACGGCCCCGCGCCGGUACUGCGUACGCCCCAACAGCGGCCUGAUCGACCCAGAAGCCACUGUCACCAUUUCUGUAAUGUUACAGCCAUUCGACUAUGAUCCCAAUGAGAAAAGCAAACACAAAUUUAUGGUACAGUCCCUUUUCGCACCCCCUAAUGUUUCAGACAUGGAGCCAGUGUGGAGAGAUGCUAAACCUGAAGACCUCAUGGAUUCCAAGCUGCGAUGCGUCUUUGAGCUGCCCGCCGAAAACGAUAAACUGAGCGACGCGCCGGCCGAGUCCAGCAAAGCCGCCCCCGCUCUGAGCGCGGCCACGCCCAAACCCGCCGGCCCGUCUGCGGACGACGGCGAGAUGCAGAAGGUGAUGGAGGAGUGCAAGAGGCUCCAGGCCCAGGCCAGCAGGCUGACGGACGAGAACCGGCAGCUCAAGGACGACGGUUUAAGGCUGAGGAGGGCCCAGCGGUCGGACAACGUGGUGUCGAACACGGGCAUCUCGAUGGGCACAGGAAAUGGCUCCACGUCCCUCCCUUCCCUGCUGGUCGUCAUCGCCGCCAUUUUCAUCGGAUUCUUCCUGGGGAAGUUCAUCUUGUAGGGGGAGACGCACAGCGACCCCGCUCGCUGUUUCCAGGCCUGAGGAAGUCGAGUGUUUUUCGUUGCCCUGCCACAUCAGUGGUAGAGCGGCCCACUGUCAACACGUCCGUGCACAGAGUCCACUGCAUUGCCUUUAUGAUCAAUCUCUCACAUGGUUAGCACACACAGACAAGAAGGAAAAACACGGUCUUUUGCUUUCUGCUCUUGGGGGUGGGAUGGGUUCUGGGGGAACCGCGCCCCGGCCAGUCCUGGUACUGUGUAGAGACCGCGAUGGAAAUGCGUUAAUAAAAGAAUUGUUCUCUUUUUCUCUGUCGUUUUAAUAGGAGUGGAAUGGAAUGUCAAGUGUCUUGUACAUUUUAUUUGAAUCCUUUUACGAAAAAGGAAAAACUGCCAAUGGAAACAAAAAAGGUUUUGCUAACGGUCACUGGAUUGCCUCUCUGAAAUGGUAUGUUCGUCUAAAUUUUAAUUGUGUGGGGAAUUUGCGUUCAGCCAAGGAAAUAGGUGCCUCUUUCUCUUUCCCUAUUUUACUGACACCAGUAGAGACAUUAUAUUAUUAUUAUAUUAUUGCUAAUACUAUAACUUUUUACUUUUUUUCCUUCCACAAGUUUAUGUAUCCCUCAUGAGGCAAAUGUUGACUGAAAAUAAGGUCUCCAUUCUCGCAGUCCUGUUCCAUGGUAUUUCACAUUGAAGAAAUAAAGAGAGAAAAUGCAUCUUUAA